UAGGGUGACCCCAUUGGAUGUAUUAAUCUAAGAGAGUCCAUUAGAACUAGUCCUUUUUGACAGCUCUCUCUCAACGACUCACUGUCACUAUAAAACUCACCAUAUCAUGCAUGUACCAAAUCAUCACCUCCCCCAAAAAAACCAGAAAAGCCAUCCAAGGCUCCUCUAGCCUUGACCAAAAUUUCUCUCUUCAUCCCCAAUUUUCCAGAGAAAAUUUGUGAAAUUUUGAGACGUUGAGCCGAGGUGCCGAGUAGCUCUCUAGCAAAACCCAUGACGACAAUGGGUGGCGGCUCCUCUUGGGGCCGUCUUUGGCCUCAAAUGGCAGUGGCUUUAGCAGCUAUACUAGUUGUGGUUUCAAGCAAUGUGGGUUCAGUGGAAGCAAAUGCUUAUCCCUACUCUUCACCCCCACCACCACCUUAUGUUUAUAGCUCACCACCACCUCCUGUUCACUCUCCACCACCGCCAUAUGUCUACAUGUCUCCACCACCUCCGUCACCGUCACCACCGCCGCCUUAUGUGUACAAGUCACCACCACCACCGUCACCAUCCCCACCACCGACUUAUGAGUACAAGUCUCCCCCACCGCCUUCUCCUUCACCACCACCACCUUAUGUGUACAAGUCUCCACCUCCUCCACCAAAAGAACUACCUCCGUACCACUACAAGUCUCCACCACCACCUUCUCCUUCACCGCCGCCACCUUACCACUAUACAUCUCCUCCACCUCCUUCACCCUCACCACCACCACCAUACUACUACAAGUCCCCACCACCACCAGUGCACUCCAAACCCCCACCAUAUUACUACAAGUCCCCACCUCCACCCUCACCAUCCCCACCGCCUCCAUAUUACUACAAAUCCCCACCACCACCAUCACCUAAACCACCAACCCCAUACUACUACAAAUCCCCACCACCACCAUCACCUAAGCCACCCCCAUACUACUACAAAUCCCCACCACCACCAUCACCUAAACCACCAACUCCAUACUACUACAAGUCUCCACCGCCGCCUUCUUCAUCUCCACCACCGCCUUACUACUACAAAUCUCCACCACCACCCAAGGCUCUUCCACCGCCUUACUACUACAAAUCUCCACCACCACCCAAGGCUCUUCCACCUCCAUACUACUACACUUCUCCUCCACCACCUUCUCCUUACCAUCCCCACCCACAUCACCACCCAUUCGUGACGAAGGUUGUCGGAAAGGUCUACUGCUACAGAUGCUACGACUGGGGUUAUCCGGUGAAGUCCCACGACAAGAAGCACCUCAAAGGUGCUGUUGUUGAGGUCACUUGCUGGGCUGGCAAGAAGGAAAUCAAGGCAUAUGGCAAAACCAAGAUCAAUGGCAAAUUCAGCAUCGCUGUCCCUGACUUUGAUUAUGGCAAAUAUGGAGCUAAGGCUUGCAAGGCCAAGCUCCACGCAGCACCCAAGGGCUCACCAUGCAACAUCCCAACUAAGCUACAUUGGGGCAACAAGGGUGCUAAACUCAAAGUGAAGUCCAAGACUGACGAUGAAGUUGUGCUCUCGGCUAAGCCAUUUGCUUAUGCACCAAAGACUCCUUACAAGGAGUGUGAAAAGAGCAAGCCACACUAUCCUCCUCCUUAUGUUUACAAGUCACCGCCUCCUCCUACGCCUACUUAUGUGUACAAGUCACCGCCUCCACCGCCACCCAAGUACUACUACAAGUCACCGCCACCACCCGCUUACUACUACAAGUCACCACCGCCUCCGGCAUAUGUUUACAAGUCACCACCACCACCAUCACCUAAGCCACCAACCCCUUACUACUACAAGUCUCCUCCUCCUCCAUCACCUAAGCCACCAACUCCAUACUACUACAAGUCCCCACCACCACCAUCACCUAAACCCCCAACCCCAUACUACUAUAAAUCACCACCACCCCCAUCACCUAAGCCAAAACCCCCAUACUACUACAAGUCUCCUCCUCCGCCAUCACCUAAGCCACAACCUCCAUACUACUACAAGUCUCCUCCUCCGCCAUCCCCUAAGCCACAACCUCCAUACUACUACAAGUCUCCUCCGCCACCAUCCCCUAAGCCACAACCUCCAUACUAUUACAAGAGUCCUCCUCCACCAUCACCCAAACCACCCACUCCAUACUACUACAAGUCUCCUCCACCACCAUCUCCCAAACCACCCACUCCAUACUACUACAAGUCUCCCCCACCACCUUCACCUAAGCCACAACCUCCAUACUAUUACAAGAGUCCUCCUCCACCAUCACCUAAGCCACAACCUCCAUACUACUACAAGUCUCCUCCACCACCAUCACCUAAGCCACAACCUCCAUACUAUUACAAGAGUCCUCCUCCACCAUCACCUAAGCCACACCCUCCAUACUACUACAAGUCUCCUCCACCACCAUCACCUAAGCCACAACCUCCAUACUAUUACAAGAGUCCUCCUCCACCAUCACCU